AUCAAUUUUGUAAUUCCAGAAUCUGGAAGGAAAGAGGGAAGAAAAAAGCUCCGCCUCCCAGCCCAGCCAGCCGCACACCUCGCCUAACUGCAACCUUGAAUUCGCGCCUCGCCGUGCAAAAUUAUCACGGCGCCUCUUCCUUUCAAUCUCCUCCCCCUCGAUUCGCAACUCAUAUAGGGUUCCAAUAUCUUCGCGCCUCGAUUCUCAUUUCUCAAAUCUCAAUCCCUUCGAUUUUUUCUUUUCCUGAUAUCUCUUUGAAUUCCCAAUUCAAUCGGUUUCGUAUCCCUCGUUGAUUCUCCGGCGCUCUUCAUUUAGAAUGCCGCCGUUCAACUCCACGUCCAAGGCGGUAAGGUCUCUGUUAGCCCGUUCGGGCCGCUCGAAGCAUUUCGUUGUCGCCCCAGCUAAGCACAAUCAAAUUCGGUGCUCCAGAAGCAUUGCUGGAGUCUCGGCGCCGUCGAGUGUGAUUGAUUUCCGGGGGGAUUUCAGCUCGGCGUUAUUGGGGAGUUCGUACAGCGGAAGCUCUGUGGUUCAACGGAGGCGAUUCCUCGGAUGCGGAGAUGGGGAAGAAGGCGGUGUUUUGUCCAAGGUUUACGAAGAGAGACGCGUAUUAGGGUAUUCCCCGGAGCAAUUGUUUGACGUGGUCGCCGCGGUGGACUUGUAUCAUGGGUUCGUGCCCUGGUGCCAGCGGUCUGAUGUUCUCAAACGUUACCCGGAUGGAUCAUUUGAUGCCGAGCUGGAGAUUGGGUUCAAGUUUCUGGUUGAGAGCUACGUUUCGCACGUUGAAUUGGAGAGACCCAAGAUGGUCAAGACUACUGCAUCCCAGAGCGGCCUUUUUGAUCACUUGAUAAACAUAUGGGAAUUUAAUCCCGGACCUGUUCCGGGCAGCUGUGAUCUUCACUUUUUGGUAGAUUUUAAGUUUCAGUCACCACUCUACAGACAGGUUGCAUCCAUGUUUUUCAAGGAGGUGGUAUCCCGUUUAGUUGGUUCGUUCAGUGACCGCUGCCGUUUGAUAUAUGGACCUGGAGUCCGAGUCCUUGAGAACUCUUAUGAACACAAGGCGUGAAAAAGCUUCUCUCUUUUAACCAGAACCAAAUCUAUACUGAAAGUACCCCUUGUCCAGCAAUUCUUAGGUCGAGAAAAUUAACAUUUUGAGCACAUGAGGGGGUUCCUCUUGUUUUCUUGUACUCCCAGCCUCUUUCCCCAUCUCAUUGAUUGUAAUUUCAAGGCUAUAAGUAGGCAAAUAUUGUUCACUUUAGAUGUAUCAAUUAUCGUUGAAUGAAAUGAAAAGGUCGAUGGAUUCUCACU